GUUGGUUUGUCUUAACCUCUUGAAAUGCGCCAUGUGAUCUUGCGUAGCAACUCGCUCUUCAAUUUAACUUCCGCCCAAAGCCACCGGGAAAUCACAUCAACCCGGCAUCACAUCGCCGGAAACUGACGUCUCCGGGCGGAGAAAACCGUGAAGAUCACUAUGACUAGCGUGCAUAAUAGCGCGGAAACUCUGAAUGCUGCAGCAACUGCCAUAGUUACAGCUGAAAACAGAGCACAACCGUCUACAGUUCAGAAGAGAAGAUGGGGAAGCUGCUGGAGUCUUUACUGGUGUUUCGGUUCUUACAAGCACAGUAAACGAAUUGGUCAUGCUGUUCUUAUUUCUGAACCCACUGCACAAGUUGCUGUAGCUCCGGUUGUGGAAAACCUUAACCGUUCUGCCACUCUCAUGUUGCCAUUCAUAGCCCCUCCCUCUUCUCCAGCUUCUUUUCUCCAAUCAGAUCCGCCGUCUGCCACUCAAUCAGCGGCUGGUUUAGUUUCACUUGCAGCCCUUUCAGUCCACACGUACUCCCCAGGUGGGACUGCACCCAUUUUUACUAUUGGCCCCUAUGCAUAUGAGACUCAAUUAGUUUCACCACCCGUGUUUUCCGCUUUCACCACCGAACCAUCAACUGCUUCUUUCACUCCACCUCCUGAGCCUGUGCAAAUGACAACCCCUUCUUCACCAGAGGUGCCGUUUGCUCAGCUUUUGUCCUCAUCAUUAGCUAGAAAUCGGAGAAACAGUGGGAAUAUGAAAUCCUCAUUGUCCCAGUAUGAAUUCCUAGCUUAUGAAUCACCAGGCUCAGCACUUUCAUCUUCUGGAACCUCUUCACCGUUCCCUGAUAAAUGGCCUGUUGUUGAAAUUCGCAGAGGGGAGGCUCCCAUAUUCAUUGGCUACGAACACUUCUUUAAUCAUAAGUGGGGUUCAAGAGUUGGUUCUGGAUCAUUGACACCAAACGGUAGGGGAUCCAGGCUAGGCUCUGGAGCUUUGACACCAAAUGGUGGGCUUUCAAGGCUAGGUUCUGGAGCUUUGACACCAAAUGGUGGGCUUUCAAGGCUAGGUUCUGGAGCUUUGACACCUAACGGAGGAGAACCACCAUCUCGAGACUGUAACCUUCUGGGGAACCCAAUUUCUGAAGUGGUAUCACUUGCAAACUCAGGCAAUGAAUUGCAAAACUGUGAUGCUGUUGUUGAUCAUAGAGUUUCGUUUGAAUUGAGUGGCGAAGACAUUCCAACUUGUGUUGUUAGUGAAACAGUCCCUUCACCUAAAAUGGAAUCAAGAGAUCUACAGGAGGCAACAGCAGAAGUCACGAAUCAUAGCGACUUCAUGGCAAAGGUCUCUGAAACCUAUAGAAAACUUAGUAAUGGGGAGACUAUGCAUGAAAACCAUACCAUCUCACUGGGUUCAAGCAGAGAUUUCAACUUCAACAAUGCAGAUGGAGAACUCUCAGCCAGAAUUGCCGUCGACUGUGAGUGGUGGACCAAUGACGACGUUGUCGGGAAAGAAUUAGCCCCUCGAAACAACUGGACUUUCUUUCCAAUGCUGCAAUCGGGGGUCAGCUGAUGUCAAAUAUGUUCACAUCCCUCAAUCAAGGUUAGAAACUUGAAACAAACUUGAGACACUUGUACUAUUUUGGAUAGAGAUUUUGCGAUAUUGUUAAUUAGUCUCGUUAGUCGAUUGUCCACUACGGACAAGAAGUUGUGUAAGAUUUUAAAAUUCCUGGAUUACUAUAGAUCAAAAGGGACCAUAUAAUGUAAAUCUUUCACUUCCACACUCAUUUUCCCACCCCAAAUACAGCCAGACCAACAAUCUUCUUUUUUAGUACAGCGUUUCAGGUUACAUAUGAUGUCUGCAGAAUAGAACUGAGGAAGGUAUCUAUCUUAUGGAGCAUAAAUGAAAUGGAUUUUGUCUUA